AAGGGACGCUCAGUGGCUCCACGCCAGCUUCCAACCUUGCACAGCCAGUUUCCACCACAGGAGACAAAAGGAAAGGGCUGGAUUUCACUAAAGCCAACACCUAGAAUUGUUGCCAGCUCAGUGCAUGGCCCACAUGAGGAGCCUCACUCCCUAUCUUGGGAGAGACAGAGCAGAAGGUGCCCUGUCAAGCUCUGCAAAACCGACCCAGCUGGAGGACGGUGUCCUCCGUACCUCUUCAUCUGUUCUAAGGACAGCUGCAAACAUUGCUCCGGACGCAGCUUUACUGGUGAGGGCCGGUGUCAAGAAAAGGUGGUAAGGAACAGGGGUAAAGAAGCAGCCCACACGUUCACAGGGGAGAGGAGUAUUUGGUCUUCUUGCAGGCUAAGGCGUCUUCCACGAUGUUCCCAUUGCAAGGUGCCCAGAUGCUGCAGAUGCUGGAGAAAGCCUUGAGCAAGAGCCUCCCUGAAUCCUUGAAGGUUUAUGGGACUGUCUUCCACAUGAACCAGGGAAACCCGUUCAACCUCAAGGUCCUGGUGGACAAGUGGCCUAACUUCAGCACCGUGGUUGUCCGUCCCCAGGAGCAAGAGAUGACCGAUGACCUUGAUCACUACACCAACACUUACCAAGUCUUCUCCAAGGACAUCAGGAAGGGCCAAGAAGUCCUGGCCUCACCGGAAGUCAUCAACUGGAAACAACACCUGCAGAUCCAAAGUUCACAGUCCAGCCUGAACCAGGUGAUCCAAAGUCUUGCAGCUGCUAAAUCCAUGCAAGUCAAGUAUUCCCAGAACAUCCUCUAUAUGUGGGUAGAGACAGUAAGGAAGCUGGUUCCUUCCCUGCUGGAUGAGAAGAACUUGGCCCCCACGGGGGGCAAACCCAAACCCAUCAACGAAGCCCUGUUCAGGCCCUCCUCCUUGGAUGUGGCCCACGCUGCCCUGGUGAAUGAGUUCUGGCUUUUUGGCGGCAACGAGAGGAGCCUGAGGUUCAUCGAGCGCUGUAUCCGCACCUUCCCCUCCUUCUGCCUCCUGGGGCCGGAGGGGACUCCCGUGGCCUGGGACCUGAUGGACCAAACAGGAGAGCUGCGCAUGGCAGCCACCAUCCCCAAGUACCGCGACCAGGGCCUCAUCUCUUACAUCAUCCAUUACCAGGAGCAGGCUCUGAGCAAACUGGGCUUCCCCGUCUAUUCUCACGUAGACAGGAGGAACAAAUACAUGCAGAAAAUGUCUUAUGCAUUGCAUUAUCUCACCAUGCCCUGUGACUGGAACCAGUGGCACUGCAUCCCUCAGUGACAGCUCUGACCUGGCAGUGCCAGGUGGCUGCAUGUGUGUCUGGAGGUGUGAAUGGAUGAGUAGAGAGUCAAAAUAAACUGUCAUCAUGGUAAAGCAGUGGGCAC